CGAACUGGCACCGGGACACGAUGCCGGUGGUUAGCCCAAAAGAGGCGAAAGUCGCAGAUACUCCCAAGGAGUCUGCGCCAGAUGAUUCCGAUGCAGAUGAGGGAAUGCCAACCAAGCUGAUACCGGAGACAUCGACUUGGAAGAACAAGGUUUGCUUCUUCCAAAUCAGCGACCUUGUGGAAGAUCGCGUUCGAGUGCGCUGCCUCAACAUUGUCGCCUUCUCUUUAGUUUACAUCUACUUUGUGCUUGUGCUGCUUCAGACAGUUCCAAAACCUGCGCCGCAAGUGAAAGCGGUUCGCUUUGCGAGUCCUCCACCGGCCUCGUGGUUGUCCGGUGAACUGGGAGAUGACCUCAAAGGUUUGUAUACAGGCCUUGGAACCAUCCCAAACCGCUCGCAGAAGAUCUUCGUGGUCAACGAUGGACGAGGUCCCAUGCCCAAUGUGGAGGUUGAGGUCAAGGUUAGGAACUUUGUGGCAGAUGGGCCCUUGCGAUGUUCAAAGGCGCAGAUGGAUGCCAUGAAGGGCACCGUGGAAGCGCGAAGGCUUCAACAUGUUUGUGGCUACGACCGUGUCCAGUACAACAAAGGUUUGACGGACGACUCGGGUUUGAUCAGCCUGCGGAACUUCACCAUCGAUGGCCCCGGAGGUCUCUACACCCUGUUGCCCUCCGCGGCUGGCGUCGAUGCCCCCGAGGAAGCGGUGAUGUUGGUGUCCACACCCGUUGCCUCGUUGGAAGUUGUGGAUGAUACGUUGCCCGAGCUGCCAGAAGUGGCACCACCACGCAUUGUCAAGAUUGGAGAAGCUUUCGCCUGGCAACCACGGAUCUUGGUGCGGGACAUGCGAGGUCUGCCAGUGCCGGGGCGAAAGAUCAUGGCCUUCGCGAACCCGGAUUCUGCUUGGCCCAUCAUGGGACCCAGUGCCACAACGCCCAACUAUGAUCGGAGGGGGCAGAAGGUGGUAGAACUGAAUUGUCCAGAAUCGGAGCUCUCGGAUGACGGUGGCAUAGCCAGAUUCACUUGCUUGGGCGUCAAGAGCAGCAAUGUUGACCACGUCAACAUCGUGUUCUCCGACAGUGCACUGGUCUUCGCUCCUUGGAAUGAUGAAGUCUAUUCUCCAAGGAGCAACUAUCCCUUGACCGUCCAGUUCUACCGCUUCUCCACCUACCUCCUUCCGAGAGUAGCAAGAGUUCAGGUUACAACUGCGGUGCCAGCAUUUGCCACAGAAGGCGUUCCGUUUGAUCCCCAACCUGCUGUCACGGUGACUGGAGAAAACGGUGCUCCUGUGGCUGGUGUGACUUGCUAUGCUUUGGUGUCGAUUGAGAUGGGCGGCCGCAAUCCCAACUGGUACCGCAGACAACAGGAAGGUGUCAGAAACAAGGAGCUGCUUGAUGCAGUGGCGGUGACCGAUUCCAAUGGAGUAGCGCAGUUUUCGGGACUGAGAUGGUCAGUGGAAGGCAACACCAUGGACCUCGUUUUGCUGAAGUACUGGGAUACUCAGACCUCUGUCUUCUCAGUUGGCUUCGUCUGUGAUGGCGUCGAGCAGGACAGACAUCCGUGGGAUCCCACAUCACCCACUUAUAUUCAGCAGGUGGAACCCAUUGUUGCAGAGAUCAGGAUUAAGCGUUUCAUCCGCAAAGCUGCUGAAGUCUCCAGAUAUUUGGGAGUGGGCAAAUCAGAUGGGUCAGAUGUCUUUCUGGCGGUGGUUCGUGUCGUAGAUGCGCAAGGGAAUGGCAUUCCCGGAAAGACCGUUGAUGUGGAAUUCUUCCAGAACACCGAGUAUCCGCUGGGCAAUGUCCAGCUAGAGCUGCGGGAAGGAUCCGUGGAACAAACCAAUGACCUGGGCUUUGCAGUGGUUGCAUUUCAGAUCAUCACUGCUGCUCCGGAAUUGGAGUUCACUGGAAGUUUCAGUUUCCAGGUUCGUUUCCUUUUGGAUGGCGCAAAAUCUGUUCCCAGCCCAUGGCUCACUGGAAGGAUCGUGGGAGGCAUCCAGCCGGAGGUGUGUCAUGUGGUGCAGUCUCCAUAUGCCGAGUUCUACAGCUUGGCGCAACAGAGGCAUUUUUAUUUGGAUGGCUAUCCUGUGACAAUAAAUUCUGGAGACAUUUUCUUUGCAGAAAUUCAGUUGAAGUCAGCGACUUCUUGUGUGACUUUCCCCAGCAUCUCUACUGUGAAUACCUCAGCUAUGGCUGGAGGAAUGUGUGAAAACCCGAGAAAACCGGAGCCUUCUACUACUGCUGCCCCUCAGGCCGAUCGUCGCAGAUUGGAAGAGAUCAUCGACAUGAAAACGACAUCAGCUCCCGUGCGUAAGCUUCAAAGCGCCGAUGGUUCAAUGACAGUUCAGGUCCAGUCUGUUUACAGCACAACCCAAGACAAGUAUGGCAAGGUUCGCUUUGAACCAAGAGACAUGGUCAACGUGGGCGUCAUAAAUACCAUGCCGAUUCCAACUUUGAGGGAAUACAACGAUCGACCUUUCGCCUUCCCCUUCUCCGCUGUCUUCAAUGGGCAAUCGGGAGACCACUGGGUGAGGAUUGCAGUUGAAAUAAACGAGCCGAAUGGAAAGAAACAGACGUGCUAUUCGAGAUCAAUUCCGAUGCGGAUUGAGAAUGUCAUUGGCGACAUCGAAUUGUCUGGAGAUGGAGGAGAAGGCAGUCUUUAUGACACGGAAAUCGAAGCAGGAGGAUUUAUUGACAUUGAGCUCCGUAUGGUCCUUGACAGCGCCUUUGUGAACGAAUCCGACCUGAGCAACAUCCCACAAUGCCUCUACCUGGCCUCAAGUUUCUAUGCCCCGUGCGGCCUGACCUACGUCUUCAGAAAUGCACCCUUUACCUAUCACCGGAUCCUGGGCCUAACUGACGACCCGAUGGCUGCCGGCGACCGAAGCGAUUUCCAUGUGAUCUAUCCAGUGAACAAGACCGCCAGCACGAAUGCUCAAGGAUUUGAUCCCACAACUGGAAAGAUGCACUUCCGUUUCCAAUUGCUCCAGCAAGGAAUCUAUGGUAAUUUCGGACUCCAGUUCUCCGGCUUUGGAGUGAAGACUCGUAUUUUCACCUUCAGGGUGAAGCCUCCCCCCGGACUGCGCUUGGAAGUGAUACAGGAUCCGGGCUACACCACCUUCCGUGCGAUGACGGGCAACUUGUUCAAUGUGCAGCCGAAGCUACGAGUCCUCAGUGACAGUGGACCUGUGAAUGGUCUCAUCGUGACCUAUGAGGUGGUGCCAGAAGCGGGUGCCUCCUUUGAGAAGCUAACUCGGGUGAACAUGUACUCGAUGUAUCCUUUCCUAUAUUCACUUCCAUCUGGCAUCACUGGGAAUGACGGUUUUGGAAACAGUUUAGGCCCGGCCGAAGAUGGCCUGCUAUAUUGGUCAGUGAUGGGUGUGCCUGAUGGAGCUGGAUGUACAAGAUUUCGCUUCCUAGCUGAAGGGGUGACUUCUGUGGCCGUGCCCAGUGCGGCGCCUAUCUGUUUGGAGCGUCCUUUCAACUACGUCAUCGUCACCCAACCGCCGCUCUCCUGGCCGUUGAACCUGGAACUCCAGGAGUUCAAUGGGAUGAUCACGGUGGAACUGCGGCCACGUUUUGGAGUCGAGUUACCACAGAUCACUCAGUACACAGGUGGGCUUAUUGCUCGACUUCUGAUCUCCAGUGAGGGUGGGACAGACGUGGAAAGCGAGAUCUCCAUGGAGCUCUCUCCGCGACUGUUGGGUGAUGCGGUGUGUUUAUUCGACAACUUUGUCGAGCCAUUGCAACGUUGCACUAACCUGGAAAUGGUGCAGGUCUCUCCAUUUCCGGUGAUUCGUUUCAGCUUUCUACGUGUGAACUGGGUACGACGGAUCUCAAAUCCUGCGAAGAUCAAGUUGAGAGUCACGGACCUCUCUGGAUCGGAUGGCUGGAGUCUGGGCUGGCCACUGCCAGCUGGUUUUCAGAACAUGACACCGCAGGAACAGUUUUCCCAGUGCACGGGAAUUGCCGCGUACUCCCGAGAACUCAUCGAAGAAACGAUGACGCCAGAGAUUUCCGCCGAGACGGCUGCGAGCCAAUAUGCCAUUUUGCUGCCUCCGCCUGACUCGGUGCUGGUAGGUCAGAUGUUUCUGAUGCGGGUACAAGUCUUGACUGCCAGUGGGGGUCCAGUGAGAGAUGCUCGAGUUCGUGUGGGGAUCAAAGCUCUGAAAGCCAUGGCACCUGGGAGCACAAAUCCAAAUUUGCUACAGACCUUGGCAGCUCAAGGGAACUCUCUUGGGACUGUGGCAGAUCAAAACGUGGAAUUGGAUCCUUUGACCACUGUGAGAGUUAGCGAUGCCUCUGGAAUCAUCGGUUUUCCACUUACAGUGACUCGAGCAAGCAGCGGUACUUAUCAAUUGCAGUUCCAGCCAGAUGUGCCCGAUGCAAAGAUCGUGUUGCAAACAAGUGCCUUCAAAGUGCUGAACACCAUUUCUGUGAGUGGCUCCGCAUCCUUUUCUCACUUGGAAAUUGCAGAAUUUGGAAAACCUGUGCCGGUGGGGAAAGCGCCAGAAUUCUGCAUCGAAUCUGCCAGUGGUGAGUCCUUGCAGAAGAUGCAAUCUGAGGGCAUCAAACUCUCGAUGACCCUGACAUUGAAGGGGGCACCCAGCAGCAAGGAAUCCAUGGCCAGCCGCUUAGUCCAGGAUGCCAAGAAAGCUGCAGUAGCGAAAGGUCGUGACUCCGCCAAUGCCAUGGCUGCACGCAUCAGUCAGACCAAUAACCCGGCCUUGCGAAGGGCUGUGGAGGUGAUGGUUGCGAGUGCCAGUAGCAAACGCAAAGGAAUGUUCAUUGGACUCUCAGAAGAGUUUGCAGAAGCUUGCUACAACACACCUGCUCUGCUGCUGCAGAGCGGCGACCCAGCCAUGGUCUUGGCAUCCAGCUUUGGCAAUGCAACGGCCAUUGAAGGCUUAGUUGGUGAGCAAGCAGCAAGCUUGGCUGAAGCACUGGGCAUGGAUGCAAAUGCCCUGGAUGCUACGCAGUCUCUGAAUCAAUUCACGGAUAUUCUCAUGUCUGCGGGAUCGAAUCUCCAACCUGCACAUGAAAUGGCCAUUCAAGGAACGUGGGAGCUGUUCUUGAGCGAUUUGCAGCCAGCUGGCACAGCUGGCAAUGGCAAUGGCAAUGAGAGUAGCUGCCUCUACAGCGUCAAUAAGAGCUUAAGCUUCAACUUCAAAGAAGGCUUGCGAUAUGCCUUCGCUCUCUCGGUGAAUGGUGUGGAAGGAACUGGAGAUUCUUUCAGUGUGACUUUGGCUCCGAAAGAUCCAGUGGACCUCUUCAUCAACUGGUUUUUAUCUGCCAUGGCAGCCAUUGUGGCCGUGAUUUUGCUGAUUUCCAACGUCACGCAGCACCACUGGGGUUGGUUCAUACUGUCACUCCUCUGUACCCUGGGAUUGUCACUGGCAUUACCCUUGAUGAGUCUGCACAAGGAUUCGAUGUAUGGAUCUUGGAUCUACUUUGCCAUUGCCAACUUCAUCUUCAUUGCCAUUGCCUUGAUCUGGGGCAUGUCCGCGCAGCUCAGUUCGCGCUCAACCACCUUUGCUGUAAAGAGGCAGAACAUCUUCGAAGAGUACUCACACAGAAAGAUGAAGGAACUCCUGUCCUUCCGAGCUACAGAUGCGCCGCAAGCAUCAGCCCUUAGGCGGACCUUUCUGAAACCCUUCAACUCGCAGGACGCCUUCUUUUUCCCAUCCGCCUUCCUGAUCGCCAGUUUGCUGAGUUUCAUGAGUUUCAUCUACAUCCUCUUCCAGUCCAUUCAGGUGUUGAAUAACCUGCAGGAGCUCCUGCAACAGCUCUUGAAUACGGCUGUGGAUAGAUCAGUGGCUUUCACCAGCAGCAUCAACAAUGCGUAUUUCCAGGCGGUUGGUGCUGAUUUGCCCGACAGUUCCACUGAGUUCAUGUACGUGCAGGUGAAUGUGAUGAGGGAUUGGUUCCAAAAAUUCAUCAACUCCAUCAUCAUUGGCUUCACCAUAGGCAUUUGCGUGGCGGCCGUCCUGACGAUCUCGGCUCUGGUGGGUGGUUUUUAUCACUUCAGACAGUCCGUGAUGGAUGCCCGACUCGGCAAGUUCGAUUUCCAGAAGAAAAAUGCCAAGUUGGUCUUCGCCACUGCCUACAUUGGUAUCAACAUCUCAUCCUCCAUCGUUUCGUACAUUUUGAUCGUCGCUUUGGUGACUUUGGUGACGCUUCCCUUCACCUUCGCACUCACCUGGCGAGUGAUUUGGGAAAAUCUCGGGACUAUUUUGGUGACUUUUGUGUUACCGAAGAUCCUGAACUUUAUUCUCAUGAAACUCACCAAGAAGUGUAUCUUUGGGCCGACCUUCAUCAAGUCGCGUGCAGGAGCUUCGAUCUUUCACUUCUGGAGUACGUUCCUGGCACUUCCUGGAGGUGUGGUGACAGCUAUCGUAAGAUUCGUCAUGGGAUUGGUUGGGGUCCUUGUGAUGUUGCCCAUCACCUAUGGCAACAACAAUCCACAGAUGGUGAACAAGGUCAUGUUGCUGGACUCGACAUAUCGCACCUACAUUGCCUUUGUAAUGCAGUAUGCGACGCACAACAACCCCAUCAUGAUCACCGCAGCGCAGCGGCUCAUGGCAAUCAAAGCCCAGCGUGCAAAGUUUAAGGAGGAGAAAAAGCAUUGGACAUCCAGCAAGAGUAUGUUGCUGCUGAUCUUGAUCAGAUUUCCUCAGCUCCGGGAGUAUCGAAAGCACGUGCUUGCAGAGGAGCGGAAGCUUCGGGAGAAGAAUACGACAGUUUCGGAGGUGAAAGUUGUUCCAGAGGAUGGUUCAGUCGUAAAAGCAGCCGAAGAACCCUGGAUUGCUCAUGCUGUGGAGGAUGCAAUCCAGAAAGCCAGGUUGUUGAAGAAGUACCGUGCUAUUCUUCGAGGUUUGGAGAUUGGCACAGAUGCCUAUGAAGAAACAAAGAAAAAACUACGCGAGUUGUGCAGGCCUGAGGAGCCAGCUGUGCAGAGCCUGCAGGAAUUGGCUCAACUCGAGCAGCCAACGAUGCCGGAAAGUCAGCAAACUGAACUCAUCCUUUCCACAUAGCCGGGGUCCCCCAUGGGGUCCUCCGUCUCCGGGGCCGUCCGGUCAAAGCUGCCGGCGGGCACCGAGUUUCAGGCAACACAAAAGCCUUGUUUGGUGAGGUGGUCGUUGCAUGAUUUGAUAAGGCCCAAAGAAAGGCUUUGUUUGAUGACAUCAUUGUGGCAACUUUUUGAAAUCUGGGCAGAUUUUCGAAGAGAACCUGCCAUGCCACCAGUCCCUUUGUUCCUAUGUCCAUGGUUUGAACAGCGGUUUCUGUACCGCAAGGGCCGUAAGUUUCAUCUUGGCCCUGUGUGUAGGACUUUCAGCGUAAUUUGCCCGCACAAAAAUGGUUUUACCUAAUUUAAAUAGAACAUUCUGUGAGGGAGGC